GUGAAAUUCUCCUCUCCAUAUUCUCAUUUCCCAUAAGGCCAGCUCCAAAACAACAAUACCAUGUCGAACACUUUGAUCGUGCUACCUCGUCCCGGGGCUGCGAAGCCCGACAACACGCUGCCACCAAUCCCAGCUCCAUCUGAAGACGCCUUCAUCGAAACUUUUGGUAGCUUGCUGCCCCGAGCAUCCUAUUUGCAGACACAGAACGGAAAGGCCGCAUACUACGAGUUGCUUCCCUCGUCUCCUCCGCCUACAGACAGUACGACGACGCCUUCUCGUGUGCUUUUCGUCCACGGCGUCCAGACCUGCGCAAUCGGUCUGCAGCCAUUGGCAAGCGCGCUUUCUUCGCGAUUCCCACAUGCACACUGUGUCCUCUUUGAUCAAUGGGGCCAUGGACUUACCGAAACCCCGCUUGUUGCGCACGACGCGCCUCUUUUCCAUGCCUUGCUAGAGGCCGUGAUGGCGAAGCUUGGGUGGGAAGAUGCUCAUCUUGUUGGCUAUUCGUUUGGUGCAUCGACGACAGCAAGUUUUGCGGCUGCAAAGCCAGAACGUGUCGCCUCCAUGGUACUGGUUGCACCCGCUGGUUUUAUCCGCGAGGCGCAAUUUAACGAGGUGCAGAGGAGCUACUUGCGAGGCGGGGACGGGUUGGAGGAGAAGGCGAAAGAAUGGGUUAUUGAGUUUUUGGAGGGAGGACAAUUGGCCGUCCCUUCUGACUGGAAGGAGAGAGUGAGCCGAGGCGAAAUGGUUCCUGAAGCUGUUCGAGACUGGCAAAUGAAGAACCAUAAAGGGCAUGCUGCUAGUGUCGUCGCCAUCUUGAGAGAUGGUGGCGUCAUAGAUAAGGAUGCUGAAUUUGCUAAAGCGGCAAAGACUGGCCGCGAAUAUCUAUGCAUCCUGGGAGAGCUGGACGACCUAAGUACCGUUCAGGAUUUCCACAACGUCGGAAUGCAGAAUGUUGCUGUUGUUGCGCAGGUUGGGCAUGGAGUUGUUAGGGAAAAGGUUCCGGAGGUUGCUCGACUAAUAGAGGAUUUCUGGAAGAAGCUCUCAUAGAUGAGAUACCCGGUAGAUACGGCCAGUGUCUUAUAAAAAUUAAACAAGUCUAAUUCAAGGGGAUAUAUACACACAUGUCUUUACAUGUAAAGGAUUUUAGACAUACGAUAGCUUACGACGAUCUGUUAAUCUAUCUGUGAUGGAUUUGUAGUAGUCGAAUAUACAUACAUCUCCUCAUCACGUACUUUUC